AUGAGGCAUUUUUCGCAGUUCCCACAGACCGUCGACGUGUACUGCAAGCACUCAGAGGUGAUUGAUCCCAUAACCGACGACACCGUGCCAAAAUUGCCUACGAGUCUCUCUAACUCCGGGAUGGACUGCACAGUGGUUGAGAUAGAUACCCCGGCGCCUAUAUCGCCUACGCAUACUACCAUCACAGCACAGGAGGCUCCAAUCGAGGACCCAUCACCUCUUAAUGGAGAAGAGCGCCCCUUGUCCCCAGAAGCUGGAGAAGGCGAUACGAAUGGCGUUGAUAGUGACAUGAACUCCGUUUCCGAUUCCGACGAUGAUGACCCCUCCGUGAAAAAUGUUCUCAAGAAAUACAAGGAAGCAAAAAAGUACUUCGUUGAAAGCAAUGGUAUAAUAUACGUGCCAAACGCCCAGUGGUCUGGAUUUCAGGAUUAUUGUGCUGGAUGUCACCUUUAUGUUGCCUCAGACGUGCCACAUGUUGGCGGGGAGGCAGGCAAAUCAACCUGCAAAACAAUUCCGGAACGGCUGCCACAUCAACGGUCGAUAAAAAGUGAACACAGUGACGAACGGAUACAGAGAUCUUUUCUCCCACCCCGAGUCAAGAUUGUUAACAGGGCUCUUCAAAUGGCUCUGGAGGAGGUUGUCGGUAUUUACAAUUCCAAUAAUGACCAUGUGGCUCCGUAUCGCGCCAUCGUUCCAUACCAUGAAGAAAUCCGCAGGUUACUGCUUCAAAAAGAACAAGAAUUCUCCAAACUCGCUAUGAUAUAUCCAGACGAUCCAGCCGUAAGACGCACACACUCCUGGCUCCCGGAACCCUUCUCGUACUAUACAAUGCAUUUAUCUUCAGUACACCCUCCCGAUGAUCCCGUAGCAGAUGGCACCUACCCAGGAGGCAGGGAUGAUGUGCUGCGUGCCAGAACUCUGCUAGAUGGUCUGAGAACCCUUAUUCACUUUCUAGAUUGUGACCUCGGGGAUUUGGUAAGAGCACGCCAGCAGAUCGUCAAGGGAACGCUGGAGCGCAUCCCCUUUCCAUACCUCUGGCAUCUGUACUAUCCGGGUCAGGUAAUCGUCACCAAGAAGCCCAAGUAUCAGGCCUACCGGGUAUUACAGGUAUGUGGAGGAAGAAGGGCAGCAGGAGUCGAGGCAUUCAAGGCAGCGUCUUCCAGGAAAUCUUCAAACCUGGUCAUCGACUGCUUUUGUCUUGACUUUGACGGUAAACAUAUUAGGGCGCUCCCUAAAAUCAUAUCCAUCAGACCAUAUGAUGGCCAGCUACCUAUCACAGCAUUGGAGGCCUAUCCACUAGAGUUUGAACCGCAAGUUCGUGAAAUCCUUGUACAACGAGGUAGAAAAUUCGUCGACUUGGCGGGAGUAUCUCACAGAAGAUAUAAGGGAUUGAAUUUGCGCGAAAGCGAUUUCAACAAGUACGAAGAGAUCGAUAGUGAUGUGAUUAUCGACUUCGAGCUCGCUUUGCGGAGUAAGGAGGUGGCAACGAAUCUCCCAGAUUACGGUGGUGGUGUGAUCUUCGAGCCGACAGAAGAAAAUCCCGACGAAACGCGUGACCAGGACUGCGACUUUGAUAACAAGGAUCUUUUGAACAAGUUGCGGUUCGAUUUCAUCCAGAAUACAUCACUCCUUGAGGAUCAAGAUCUUGAAGCCUUAUCAGACGAUAGCUUAAUGCUUCUCCCGCCCAGGGUCUAUGGAUAUGUCCUCCUCAGUCGAGCUUGGCAUCCAUUGGACAUUGACUUAAUUACGGAGAUUAAUGUGAUCGGCGGAAACCAACCUGAUCCCUUUGAUGACCUUGUUUUGCCUGAGAAGCAUCGUGAUAUUGUGCGAGCACUGGUUAAGACCCACGCUCGCGCACGAGGCACUUUGGGAAGCACAGAAAUGGCUAAUUCGCUUGUAAAGCGUGAAUUUGACAUUGUGAAAGGAAAAGGACGGGGGCUAAUUAUCCUCCUUCAUGGAGCGCCGGGAGUUGGCAAAACGUCCACCGCGGAAUGCGUCGCUGCCCACACUGGUCGCCCCUUAUUUCCAAUCACUUGCGGUGAUCUUGGUGGGGACAGUGCCCAGGAGGUCGAAGCUAACCUUGAACGGUUUUUCGACAUGGCCAGAAAAUGGGGCUGUGUUUUACUGCUCGAUGAGGCAGAUGUCUUCCUCGGUGAACGCAUUAAAGGAGAUAUCAGGCAAAACAGCCUGGUGUCGGUGUUUUUGCGAGUGCUGGAAUGUUACUCAGGAAUCCUGAUCCUGACAACUAAUCGGGUAGGCGACUUCGAUGAAGCCGCCACAUCACGCAUCCAUUGCGCCUUGUAUUACCCUCCUUUGGACCGCAAGCGAACUCUUGAAGUAUGGAGAAAAGGGAUCGGCCGCCUGAGGCUCCAAAAUGGCAGUUGCCCGAUACCAGUCAAGUUUGAUAGGAAAGAAAUUCUGGAUUUUGCCCGACGCCUCUGGAAAGACGGCUACCGUUGGAACGGCCGACAGAUCAAAAACGCCUUACAAACGGCGGUCGCACUGGCUGAAUGGGACAAGAUCAAAGAUAACCCCGAUAGCGAGGCAUGUCCGGAGCUGAAAGUCGAGCAUCUCGACACUGUGGCCAAAGCCAAUGCCCAUUUCGAGUCAUAUCUGACCCAGGUUCGGACCUCCGAUGAUACACGGGCAAAGUAUAAUGCCCUUCGCCGGGACGACCUCACCGAGAAAAUCCCUGAUACCCCCUCCCGACGGAAACAAGCCACGCCCAAAUUGUCUAAGAAGAAAAUGCGAUGGCCAACUUUGAGUAACGAUGAAGAUGAGUCCGAAGAGGAGACAGAAACCAGUGACAGUGAGAGAUCUAGUCAGGAGAACAGUGAAAGUGAUUCCGAGCCUAUGGUGGUCCAGCCGUCUAAGAAAUCAAGAUCACACCAGAAGAAGAAGGGUAAAGAUGGCGAGAAGGAUCAAUCAAAAGGAAGAGAGGGCUCCAAGAAAGCAGGUAAAUCGAGAACCAAGUCUUCAUCGAAGAAGUCCAAGAAAGAGCCGCCGCAAGAGUCUUCCUCAUCUUCUGAAUCGGGGAGUGGCAGUGAUGAGCAGUGAUCGCAUGUCUUGUACUGCUUUAUUUGCUUCAUGAGUAACCUUCAGCUAUCAAAAGCUCCUUCAGCUAUCGUGGCCUUACCAAGUACUCACAAGAAAGCUGAGAAAUCGACAUGUAUUGGACAUGACUCGUCUGGCCUGGGCUACUAGGUAGGAUACAAUGAACGAAGCAGUACUUCUAAGACAUGUUUCAUAACCAGAAGUUCUCCAAAACCAAUUAUAUUCAAUCUGCCAAAG